UGGCUGUGUCAGGACCAUGGCCCCCAGAGACAUCACCCUCUUCUGCCUCGUGCUCUGUCUUGGCCAGAAGAUUCAGGCACAAGAUGGGAAUCUUCCCAGUCCUACCAUAUCUGCCACGCCCGGUUCUCUGAUUCCCUGGAAUGAGUCUGUGAAGAUCCUGUGCAGGGGAACUCCUGAGUCUUACCUGUACCAACUGGAGAUCCUGGGAAACUCCACAUACAAAGUGGUGGACAAGAAAUUGGGAUUUCAGAAGACGGCUGAGUUUGUCAUUAAACACAUGGAUACAAAUACUGCAGGACGUUAUCAGUGCCGAUACAUGAAACAGUACCGCUGGUCAGUGUACAGUGAAGCCCUGGAGCUGGUGGUGACAGGCUUGUAUGACAAACCCGCCCUCUCCACUGACGGGUGCCUUGUGGUGAUGCCAGGAGAGAGUGUUUCCCUCCGGUGCAGCUCAGCACACAUCUCGUUCAAUGGAUUUUCACUGAGCAAGGAGGGAAGGGCCGUUCUGUCACAGCACCAAAAUGGGGGACGCUGGGGUGACUUCAUUCUGGGUCCUGUGAACCUCAGCUUCUCAGGGAUCUACACAUGCUACAGCUGGUACAGUGGCAGCCCUUAUGCCUGGUCAGCCCCCAGUGACGCCCUGGAGCUUGUGGUCACAGAUACCACAAACCAAGAUUACACGACGGAGAACUUGAUUCGAAUGGGCAUGGCAGGGCUGCCCCUGGUAGCUCUCUUGGCCAUUUUGGCUGAAAAUUGGCUUGGCCAUCAGGUUCCACACGAGGAAGACCAGCAAGAUUUGCCUGAACUGAGCUGCAGUAGACAGAAAACUCAGACAGAAUGGACCUUUGGACUAACUCCAAAGGGUCACCAGGUAGACACCAGGGUCAGCGCUAUGCCUUCUACACUUGCUGCCCUUCUCUUUCUUGGGCUGUCUCUGAGCCAGAGGACCAGCACCCAGAAGCAGACUCUCUCGAAACCUGUCAUCUGGGCCAAACCCAGUUUCAUGAUUCCAAAAGGAACACUGGUGAUCAUCUGGUGUCAAGGAACUCACGAGGCCGUUGAGUACCAACUGCACUUUGAGGGAGGCCUUUCUGCCUUGAAGAGACCGGAGUCACCUGGAAUGGUGAACAGAGUAAAGUUCCCCAUCCCGUCCAUGACCUCACAGACUGCAGGGCAGUACAGGUGCUUCUAUCGAAGUGGGGAGCUCUGGUCAGAGCCCAGUGACCCUCUGGAUCUGGUGGUAACAGGAAUGUACGACACACCCACCCUCUCAGUUCAACCCAGACCUGAGGUGACCUCAGGAGAGAACGUGACCUUCCGUUGCCGCCUAGAAACAGCAACAAGCACCUUCUUUCUGCUCAAGGAGGGAAGAUCCAGCCGCCCACAGCGCAGAUAUGGGAAUAUCCAGGCGGAGUUCCCCAUGGGCCCUGUGAGCACAGCUCACAGAGGCACAUACAGAUGUUUUGGCUCCUAUAACAAACAUACAUGGUCUUUCCCCAGUGAGCCUGUGAAGCUCCUGGUCGAAGGAGAUGCCGGGGACACCACCUUUGCGCCCACAGAACACACCUCUUCCGGCCACUGGGACUCCUACAUGUUAACCACAGAGACCCAGUUCCAGGAAGAUCCUGUCCUCUGGGAUCACAAUGCCCAGAAUCUCCUUCGGAUUGGCCUAGUUUUCCUGGUCCUGGUGGCCCUUGUGUGGCUCCUGGUUGAAGACUGGCUUCAUAGGAAGAAGCCUCAAGACAGAGCCAGCCGGGCUUCAAGUCAGGAAUGCAGGAGAAGGUUCAGAACACAAAGAGCCCUGGAGGAAUGA